AUGAAGCCAUCUAUUAAACGUACAAUAAUUACUUCAAAAACGACAGGUAGACGAUAUUUUUUGGUUCGAUCGUCUAAUCGGCCAAGUGCUCGACGAUAUUACGUGUGUUCAAAGCCAGAUUGUGAUAUACAAUUAACUCAUGUAGCUGAUUUUUUCUGUCGAAUACAUUCGCAAGGAAAAAGUUCAGAAAUAGAAGAUAUUGCUAAUAUUUCAACGAAAUUAGAUUUUGUAGAUGAAGAGGAACUCAAUGAUAAUAGUGAAAUAGUCGAUGAAGAAGUAUUGAUAGAAGCAGAAGAAGACAAUACUUUGGAUUCGACUAAUGGUCAUGAACAAAAUGAAAAUGGAACUAAUGAUUCUGCCAUGGAUUAUGAUUACAAUGACGGUAGUAACGAUUUUAAUAAUGUCUCAUCGCUUUCAUCUAGACAAAGAACAAAGGCAAAUCGUCAUGUUGAAGUAGAUGAAGAAACUGGUAUACGUAGUUUUCGUGAUAGCUCAGGUCGUCGUCGGUACCUUUGCAAGAAAGAAGAAUGCACGAAUAUGCUCAAACGGCAAUCCGAUAUUUACUGCCGAACACACGAAAUCCAGUCUGUAAAUGGAAAUCAAGAUAAAAACAAUCGCGGAAAUCAAAAACGUCACACAGCUCCUCCAUUGUCACUUGAAAAAACGGGUGAUUUUCUUUCGCCAUUGCCACCAAAGAUUACAGCACCAAUAAAUCAUAAAGAUAUUAAUGGAAAUCAUUCAGACGAAUAUGAAUCGCCAGAAAAAACUCAAAAGCUUCCACUAACAAACCGGUCGUAUCGCGAUGGAUCAGGAAAAAUACGUUUUCUUUGUGGACAACCAUCAUGUACUAGACAAGUACCGCGAAAAGCACAAAUCUUUUGUACACGGCAUGACCCUAAUACUUUAACGAAAGAAUUGGAACACGAAGAAAGAUUGAUUCCUAAAAGUGAUACUGUUCAUUCUAAACAAAAAGCCAAAGAUGUUCAAGAAAUAGACGUAAAUCACAGUAAUACUGAUAAUCCGCCUGAAUCUAUUAUAAAAAAGCGCAGAUAUGAAGCCCUCAUACCAUUACUUAAACCAUCGAAUCUUUCACUCAUUUCAGCUGAUAAAAUCGUUAUUUCUACAACCAGUCUUCUUGCUCAUCAAUGGGCUAAUGUUGUAACAUUUCUUCGUCAAUUUCCUCAAGUUGGUCUAGCAACCAAUCUAAAUGUUAAUAAUUCAACGACACAUUUACUUAUUGAUGAUAGUGAAAAAAAUUUACACUGUACAAUAACUAAAAAAAUUGUUCAAGCAGCGGCACGUCGUCAUAUAUUUAUGGUAUCAUCACGUUGGAUAAACGAAUGUAUACGUUUGAACGCAUUUGUCGAUGAACGUCCAUUUGAAAUUGCAAGCGAUUCUCAUACAACAUUGCGUUUAUCAGUGCAAGAUUUUCAAUCAAAAAAUAAAUACUUAUUCAACGACCCAUCAUCGAAAACAACAUACGGAUUUACAAUCGAAUGUCGUCAAUGUCAAGGUUCGAUUAAUCGUAACGAAAUCAUCGAAUUAAUUGAAUUAACCGGUGCUAAAUUAUACAACACUGAUAGCCCUAUUGAUACAUUAAUCGUUUUAUGUGAUACCAAUGAAAAAAAUUUAAACAAAAUCAAAGAAAAAUAUCUUCAUACCGCUGUUCCAAAUAUAAAAUAUGUAAUAAGUGAUUUUUUACUUAAAUCAAUUAUUAAAUUUGAAAUACAAGAAAUUGACAAAUAUGCAUUACAUUAG